AUGGCCAAUUAUGCUGAUUAUUUGGCACACUUCAAUUUUGAUGUUGUGUACAAAUCCACGAAGGAGAAUGUUAAUGCAGAUUACUGCUCUCGAAUUGUCCGUACACCGAUGAUUGCUAAGAAACUAUCUGCUACUGAGGGAAGAGAGAGUGAAGACGAUGAGUUUGACUUGUUUACGAUGCAUCAAAUAUCACAACUACCGAUUCGUGCAGAACAGAUUGCUCGGGAGUCUCGCAAAGACCCUAGUCUGGGUAAAAUAAUACAACUCCUGGAAACUGGCGCAGAUUUAACAAGGUACGAAUACAAAGCACCUGAAGCCAAAUACACUCUCGCUGCCUGUUGUUUACUUUUUGAACACCGUGUAGUUAUACCAUCUGUUCUUCGUCAGUUUGUCCUGGAUGACCUCCAUGUGUCGCACAUUGGUAUUGUGAAGAUGAAGGGACUUGCUCGUUCGUUUGUUUACUGGCCGGGAAUAGAUGCGGACAUCGAAAAAGCAGUGAAAUCUUGUUCCGCAUGCGCUCGUCAAGCACAUCUUCCUCCAAAGUUUAGUGACCACCACUGGCAGUACCCCAAAGGUCCCUGGGAAAGGAUUCACGUUGAUUAUGCUGGUCCGGUUGCAGGCUCCAUGCUGCUGAUUAUAGUCGACGCCUAUAGCAAGUGGUUGGAAGUGAAGGUCACCAAUUCAACGACAACUUCAGCGACGAUUGGAAUUUUGGAUGAGCUGUUUUCACGUUAUGGAGUACCCGUUAUUGUUGUUUCGGAUAAUGGUCCACAAUUUGCAGCUGCUGAAUUCAAAGAUCCUCGUCUACCUUGCAAGUAUACACCGUAG